AUGCUGCAUGUCAACGUCCCUUUAAUUGAUGCGGUCCUUCAAAUUUCAAACUACUCUAAGUUCUUGAAGGAAAUGUUGAAUAAGAAGAGGAAGCUACCUGAGCAUGAAACAAUAGCUUUCUAUGAAGAAUGUAGCAUGAUCAUUCAACGCAUGAUCCCUCCCAAACUUAAAGAUCCAGGAGCAAAUAUUAACUUAAUUGCUUUUCCUCUUUACAGGAAAUUGGGAUUGAGAGAUCCUAAGACUGUUUUUAUUAUCGUUCAGCUUGCGGAUAGGUCACUGAAACAUCCCUACGGAAUAGUUGAAAACACGCUCAUCAAGGCGGUGGAGUUUAUUUUUCUAGCUGACUUCAUCAACCUCGACAUAGAAGAAGCAUAUCAGAUGCCAAUAAUCUUGGAAAGACCAUUUUUGUAUACAGGCUGA